UGUAUUUUUUGACACUGUCAUAUGACUUUUAUCUGUUGUAGCAGGUCAUUCAUUUUUAUAUUUUUACUUGAUAAAUGAAUGACCUACUAGAACAGGUAAAAAUUACCUGAUAGUAUAAAAAAAUAUACCAACGAUGCACCAAUCUUAAAUUCAUUUUGAAAUAUUCCCUAAACUAACAAAGAAAUAAGUAUUUAUAUAUAGUAGGUGGCUUACAAGUCAUUUCCAUCAUAAUCUGAUUAAUUAGUCUUUAUAUUUUAUAUUAAUUAAUUAAUAUAAUAUACAACUCAAUUUGACUUUUGGAAUAUUUAACAGACAAAAAAAAAAGUCAGACAUUGUAUUUUCUCCUUGAAUCUUCAACUAAUAGGUUUUAUAUUAAUUAGGCUUCACAAAGAACCUAGCUUUUUCCCUUCUUUGUGCAAUAAAAUUUCAGACCUUUUAUCAACUUUUUUGGUCCUCUUUCAUAUCGAGCCAUUGAAGCGGCGCAUCAUACUACGAGCGGACGAUUUCAAAGAAAUGAUAAGAUAUGUGUAAGAUUUUUCGUAGAUAUCCUUAUUACCUUUACCUUACCUUAGUUGAGUCUUAUGAUCGUUCCACAUUCCUAUUCAUCUUAUCUCGUCUUGGGCACAACAAUAUCCUAGCUAGUUGAUCCUGAUUCGACAUUAGAAGUAUAUCCUAGCUAUUCAUCUUAUGUUCGUUCAACAUUCCUAUUCAUCUUACCUCAUCUUGGGCACAACAAUAUCCUAGCUAGUUGAUCCUGAUUCGACAUUAGAAGUAUAUCCUGUCUAUUCAUCUUAUGUUCGUUCAACAUUCCUAUUCAUCUCACCUCGUCUUGAGCACAACAAUAUCCUGGCUAGUUGAUCCUGAUUCGACAUUAGAAGUAUAUCAAAAUGGCACAAAACCAAACAACACUUGUGAAUCAAAAGCUAGUGUUUUUUGAGAAUACUAAAAGGGAAUAUGAUUUAGUUGACUUGUUGAAAUCAGAAGCAACAGUAUUGGGAAAGGGAACUUUUGGAAAUAGCUACAAGGCAGAAUUGGAAAAUGGGAAAAUUGUGUUUGUUAAGAGGUUAAAAGAUUGUUGUUUGGUUGAAAAUGAAUUCAUAAAAAAGAUUCAAGAAUUGGCAAAAUUGAGUGAUCAUCAUCAAAGUUUGCUUCCUCUAAGAGCUUAUUAUUAUUCAAAAGAUGAGAAACUUCUUGUAUUUGAUUACAUGCCUAUGAGUAACUUGGCUUCUCUUUUACAUGGUGUAGGAGUGGCUAAGAAAUCUCAACUCACAUGGCAAGUAAGGACUCGAAUCGCUUAUGAAGUCGCUAGUGGCCUAGAAUUUCUCCAUACUCAGGGAUCUGACGUUUGUCAUGGUAACAUAACGUCAUCCAAUGUUCUACUCACAAAUUCUUUUGAUGUUCGUCUUUCAGACCAGGGAUUAUUCGGACUUUUCAUGCCAAACACCAUGUUACUUGUCCUCAACGUGGGCUAUCAAGCACCGGAAGUGGGAUAUGCCUACAACCUUUGUCAAAAAUCAGAUGUUUACAGCUUCGGUGGCCUGUUGUUGGAAUUACUAACCGGUAAGGCCCCAUUAGACACCGUUGGCAAGAACAAAGGGAUUGAUUUGCCUAGUUGGGUUCGAAAAAUGUUUCAAGAAAACCCUAUUAUUGAUGUUUUUGAUAAGAGUAUGGUGAAAAAUUACCAAGAAUUUGGAGAUCAAAUGGUUCAAUUGUUACAACUAGCAAUUUGCUGUACUUUCAAGAAUCCUACUAAAAGGCCCUCAAUGGUUGCAGUGGCUAAUCAAAUAAAAAGGACAUGCAGAUUGUAAUUGAUGUUGUGUAUAAUCUAUGUAUAAUAUAUGUAUACAAUGUGUAUCUUAGCUUAAAUUUGUAAAAAUUAAAGAUAAGGAUUAUUUUUGUUGGGUUGGGGUUACUACGUUUGUAAUGUAAAAACUCGAAAUUAUAUUACACUUGUAAACUGAUUACAACGAAUUUCAAUUUAAUUUUGCCUGUCUUUGUGC